CUUUGAGCGCUGCAGCGCUGGCCGCGCAGGAUGUCGGUGAUACGGACACACACCUUCCCCUGAAAACACACACCUGCCGCACUGGGAGGAAAAACACAGCGCAUCUCAUCCUAAACGUUCCAAGGCUUUGACCUCUGACCAAAAGUCUGAAGGACUUGUGUCAAUGCUAAAGUGAUGCUUAUCAUGGCUAGUGUGACAUCUGCCGUGGAAGAGUUGGCAGGCGAUCAUACCAGACCUGCAGUAAGUCCACUGGAUUUCCCAGAACCUUCUGCAAAAUCCACAAAUGACCCCAGCCAUGGAGGAGACAGCAUUGUCAGUCCACCAGAGGGACCCCCACCACCCCCUCCACCUCCGCCACCACUGCUGGGCCAUCCCGGUCAAAUGCACGCUUCACGGAAGAAACGGCGGGUACGGAGUUUCUUCUGGAAAACCAUUCCAGAAGAGAAGGUGCGGGGAAAACCCAAUAUUUGGACUCUGGCAGUGAGACAGCAGCAGUAUCAAAUUGACGUGAAGACGGUUGAGGAGCUCUUUGGCCAGCAGGAGGACGUUCGAACCAAGACGGGCAGCGGACACCCUUGUGCAAGGAGAUCCAGAGGCUCGUUUAAAGAGAGCAAGGGUGAGAUCAGCAUCCUGGAUUCCAAGAGAGGAAUGAACAUUGGAAUUUUCCUCAAACAGUUCAAAAAGUCCAAUCAUGCAAUAGUAGAAGAUAUCCGUCUGGGCAACAGUAAACAGUAUGGGGCUGAACCACUGAAAGAACUACUCAAACUACUACCUGAGUCAGAUGAGGUAAAGAGAUUGAGAGAAUUCAAAGGAGAUCCCAAUAAUCUGACACUGGUCGAUUCCUUCAUGUUCCUGUUGAUUCAAGUACCAUGCUUUGAGGUGAGUAUUGAGGCUAUGGUACUACAGGAAGAGUUCCAUCCGUCUUGUGCGUCCAUGUGUCGUGAGAUUAACAUUGUGCGUCAGGCUACCGAAGAACUAAUGACUUGUGAAGAGCUCCACGCCAUUCUACAUUUGGUUCUCCAAGCUGGAAACAUCAUGAAUGCUGGUGGCUAUGCAGGCAAUGCUGUGGGCUUCAAACUGUCUUCCCUGCUCUCUCUGGCAGAUAACAAGGCCAACAAACCUGGCAUGAACCUGCUCCAUUUUGUGGCACUGGAAGCACAGAAAAAAGACGAGGCCCUUUUGAAGUUUCCAGAGAAACUAACAUGUGUCCAGAGUGCAGCUAGAAUCUCAGUAGAAAACAUUGAGGCAGAGUUUUCUUCUCUUUAUGUCAAAACACGUUCUUUGGAGCAGAAAAUCCAGCAUGACAAUGAGCUGCAAAAGCAGCUAGAUCCAUUUUUGCAGAGCGCUACACAAGCCCUGCAGGACCUUAAACGCCGCAGACUAGACUUGCGCAAGGAGGGCAAUGCUCUCAUUGACUUUUUCUGUGAAGACAAAGACACCUUUAUAUUGGAUGAGUGCUUUAGAAUCUUCCAAGACUUUUGCCUAAAGUUCAAAAAAGCAGUCAAGGACAACCUGGACAGAGAAUUAAAAGAUGAAGCCAGACGGCGACGCUUACGGGAACUGGAGGAGAGACGGUCUGCCUGGGCUGGAAAUGAGAAAGGUGAUAAUGAAGGUUUUGGUCGGAGUAGUAGUGAAAAUGACGUUGACAUCCUAACAAAAGAAGGUCUUCUGGACUUCUUGCUUCAUUCAAGACCUCAAAGCCCCCACAGUCCUUUGGGGCGCUCGGCAAGUGCUCGUCGCUAUCAUCACACGGUUGGUGACCGUGGCUACGUGGAGCUCGUCUCUGGGCCUUCAGCUACUGAGUACAACAAAUUUAGCAGCCUUCCACGUUCAAGCAGGAACCAUAAAAGAAAGACCGUGCCCUGGCUUUUUUUACAGGAUAAUAAUAGGGAGCUGGACCCACAAAGUCAAGCUUAUCAAGAGACGGAGGCAACUUCAACAAAGGCUGAAACGGAACCGAUCAGUCCUUUAGCUAGAUACUCAACUUCUGGCUACAACAUGAACAAUGAUCCCUACAAUAAUAAUAAUUACACAUCUCUCUCAGAAGGUAGAGUUACCCCUCAAUUAAGUAACUCAAAGAAUGUUUUUCAGAAGACAUCUGGACAAGGUGUUGGACACAUGAGUGUUUGUGUAGAGAAACACACACUAGUUCCUGGCCUACAGCCCUUUGAAAUAGCAAGCCAGAUCAAUAACAACAGUCAUGUUACUUUAGACAACCCAUGUGAAGUUGUAGUGACAGAUCUGGAAAGAGAUGAAAACUCUUCCAAACUAUUUGUUCUUGAUACCCCUCCAUAUAGUAGAAGUUCUGAGGAAGCACCCAAGCCUGAAAAACUAUGGAACGAUAUGUCCCAGGAGGAGGAAGUGGACACAAGCACCUUUUCCUCAACAACGUGUGACACCCCAUUGCCCCUCGAUCCAUCUGCGUCCAAUAAGAAACCUGUGUUAAAUGUCAUGGACUGCACUGAAACUGACUGUUCUGUUGUGUUGGACUGUUCUGAGAUUGAGAGUUUUCCCAUUAUUAACGAAGUAUCUGGACCUAAAUCAAAGCCACAGGAUGCCAACUUUUCAAGAAUCCCUCAGGAUGCCAAUUCCCUUUCCUCCAAUUUUGAGUCCUUCAAUGGUCACUCUGUCUCUGCAUUAAGUGAUGAACAGAAAACAGAAAACAUUGACCAAGAGAGUCCAGAACCAGUCAGUACAUCUGUAACUACCGAAGAACCAGAGACAGACAGCUGUGACACAGCUGAGGGGCGGAAAGAUGAGAAGGCAGUCCAGACCUGUAAACCCAAAGGGACCAGUCAUGUCAAAACCAAGACUGUGUCCAAACCAGGGUCUACUCAUGCCAGCCGUCCCACAAGAACCCUCACGGCAACUGAGAAGCAAAACAUGCGUAAAGUGGUGCCCAUUACGAGGCAGAAUCGAUCUGGUAGUAACUUGAGGAGAGUGGAAAAACCCCCUGGACAUGAAAGUGCCGAACCCAGGCGUCCACUUCGUGACCAAAGCAUGCCAGCUAGGAGAGGUGAGAGACAAAGCAGACCCGUUCGACAUUCCAGUCUCCCUCCAGAGAAUCCCAGGGCGCAAAGAGGAACACUGGCAAGCAACACCAACCCUCGCUGGACAAGGGAGUCAACUCAACGCACACCCUCCCACAAGAAAUCAAAUGCCAAACCUAACAUCUCAAAACCACCACCAGAAGAAAAGAUGUGUCGUUCAACAAUGCGAGCCUUGGCUCUAGCUCAGGCCCAAGAAACUUCGGAAGGAGUUACAUGUGAAACUCCAAACAACACCCCCAAAGGUUCUUUGCCCAGUUUUGCUCGCAACACUGUAGCAUCCUCUUCCAGAUCUAAAAAAGACUCCCCCGCACCACCUGCAGUAGGAACACCAUCAAAGAGCUCCACCGUAUCAAGAACUAGCUCUCAGAGAUUGGCUUCUGUUGCUAGAACGGACUCAGUCAGUAGUGGACCUUUGCCAAGGGGUGAGGACAAACUAGGGGGGUCUUUAAGGAGGGUUCAGAGCGUAAGGGCUUCCAGUCGAACCACUCAAGGAAGUGACACAACACCUCAACAGUCCGGACGAGAGCAUUCCUUUAAAAGUAGCAGUUUUUCAGAGAAAUCCACACAGAAUAGAGACUCUGCUUCUGUAUGCAGGACCAAUAAACCGACAUGGAAGUAGAGUGGAAAUAUAACAUACUAGGUGUAAAAACAAUGUUGAACAUGGCAGAACAAAUGUAUUUUCUGCACGUGCACCAGAGUUACUAAAGAGGCACUUGUUGUCUCAUAUUGUCCUGAAUGUAUCUACUGCCUUUAGAAUGUAGCUGAAAUAGAUGCUCUGCAAACGUUUUAAAAGUUAUGUAAGCUACUGUCACCAUUUGACAGCAUAUGUUAGAAGCACUUUCACAUCCAUACACGGAUGGUUCUGAUGGCCUUCAUGUACUUUACACAUCAUCAACUGUCAUGAACUCACUGUCAUGAACACAUAAAACACAUCAAUCACAAAUUAUACUUAGAUUAUAUUUUUAGUAAUUAAACUUGUGAGCUGUUCUCACAAAGACAAUUUGUCAUAUAUUGACAUGCUUGCUUUAUAUUAUAUAUUAUUUAGUAAAAGCAAUGUAAGUAGUAUUGUUUACUAAGAUCACAUUUUCAUUAAAACAAAUGAAGGAAAAAGAUUUUCCACUUAAAGAUAUACCACCAAAAUGUUUUUUUGUGCAUGACAAAUCAAUCUUAAGUGAUGAAUGUCUGAAUGUUUUCCAAAUACAUUUUAGUGUAGCUGAUGCAAUGAAAGUUGAGUACAACACCUAAUAGUUUAAAACCUCUUCAGAAAAUAUCUUGGUCCCAGAAUAUAUUAGGUGUCUUUAAAACCAGUGUAUUUACAGUAUAUAAGAGAAAUCGUUUGGUAUGUGUUAUGGGGCACACUGUAAAAAACCUGUAAUAAAAUACAGUAAAAAACGUAAAAUAACAGUAAAAGACAAACGGUGAAAACAUCUUAAUUUUACAGGGAAAACUUUUAUUUUACGUUUUUUUUGUGGAUUUUUUAUAGUGUAUUUUAUUGGCGGGUUUAGGAUUAGAGAUAAAGAAAACACAUAUUUACUAACAAUUUAACAACACAUACAGUAUGUGACCCUGCCUGUGAAAACCAUGUUGACGUCUCAUAAUCUAAUUAUGAGAUUACAUGUAUCAAAAUUUGAUUUCAACCCCUAUGAUUUCAUUGUCUGACAUGGCAUUACUCAGUUUAUUUAAAAUAUGUCAAGAUUAUAUUUUCACAGAUUGUUCUUUACAUUAUGUAGGAUAAAUUUAUGUAGAAAACAGUCAAUCUAAAAAAAUACCCAAAUUGGGUUUUUCACAUAUGUACACAAUAGAUACAUUGAAUAUAAAGCAAGUAAAGACACCUAAUAUAAAGCGGGUCUAAUAUCUUCAGUGGCUGCGGAGUUGCUUUCAGAUUUUUUUUACUAUAAACUGCUGUACAAUCUUGCUGCUUUUGGCACUGUAUUUGUGACUGUUUUGCGAAUAUACUGCUACUUAUUUGUAAAGCCAUAUUGUUAACCAGGAGUGGCAAAACAUUGUGCUAGAGGGGAGACUAUAGAAUAUUGUGAACAUUGUCUUUGUGUGGUCUAAACAUUUGAGAAAGCACAUACACUGUAUGCAAUGUUCUCACAGUAUGUGUUUGAGGAAGUAUAGUAUGUUUACAUACAAUAGUAUCUGUGUUCUUAAAAAUGAAAAAAUCAGUUUUAGAAUAAGUGUUAUUAGGAAAGAGUGGUAAAUGCUGUGUGCACUAUACUGUCAAUGUGCAGGGUACUGUCUGUGUCUGCUGUUAUGCCCUUGACCAAGGGCAUAGCGUCACUACCAUCAGCUUGCCGCACAGCAAAGCUAUCUAUUUUUCUUAGCUUUCUACUUCUUUGUUUCUAUUAUGAAGCGAUUGUGUAAAACAGCUAUAUUUAAUUGUAAUAAUAAGUCAACACUAAUAGAAUGCUGUCAGCUUGUUUUUUAUUUUGUUUCUAUGUAUAAUGCGCUAAUUAAAUGUAGUGCUGAUUUCACACUAUGACAACACAAAAGGCCUAAAAUCAUUCUACCUCUAGAAUCAUAUUUGCCACCUCUGGUUCUAAUAUUCUGAUGGUUCACUCUGAAUCAUUUAUCAAGUGAAUCAAUGGCUUUUCUGCAGGUGUACCUCAGUUACAUUGUACAAUGCCUUUUUCAUGUUGUGAGAAAAGUUAAUGUACUGUAUUGACAUUUGUAUUUAGUACUGAUUGGUUAACAUGCUUUAGAAUGCAUCCAUGGCAACAUGGGGAAAUCUUGCACAAUGGAAUCCUUGUUCCAGCUGUAGAUAGCAGUUUAAUCAUAUAAACAACAAAAACACAAUAGUCAAUAGUCAAGGUUGUUGAUUUAGAUAACUUGGAGUGACUUUAAAAUGAAAAUGAAGUUGCAUUUGUCCAGCCAGAUAACUUGGAAUAUACAGUAUGUCGAUGUGUUAGUGCUUGAAAUUUCUAUUUUGAAUGUUACUUUGGAGCCUUUUUCUCUGUGAUUGUAUUAUUACAAUCAAUAUAAGCUAAUCAAUAAAAAUCUAUG